AAAACUUUUUAGGAUUUAUAUUUAUUUUGCAACAACACUGUAAAAAAUGAUUUUUCUCAUUGUUCAAAUGUGAUUUCAUAAAAAUCACCAAAGACAAAAUCCGCCGAGCAAUGCGGAAGUGUCGGCUUAAAACCUAAGAGAAAGAAAUACCCAAGCAUAAUCGGGUAUUACACCAUAUUUUUAUAAUGGCCGAAUUGAAUUAACCCAAAACUCAUCUUAAAGGAUUAUGAUAAUCUUCACAGAAAAAAAAAGAAAAAACAAAAAUGCGUAACUCACAUCCUAGUGGGGCUUUCGAUAUAAAAUUGCCAAACGGAUUUUUCGAUUUUGUAGUUUAUUAGUGAGUUUAUUCGGAAAUCGAUAAUACAAUGUUGCGGUUUAAUGUAAGUAAAAAAAAAAUUGUAUUAUAGAAUGGCGGAUUCUUGCAUAUUAUUGAUGACACAGCAUUAUCAUUCAAAGAUCCGUGACAUUUUAUCAAGGAAACAAUCGCUGCUGGAAAUUUUAAAUUAGUAUUUUUGAGUCAUCUAGGAUGUUUGAUUAUUUAUUUUUUCUUUAUAGAUAUUGCUAGCUUUAAGUUGCCUGUCUAGCUGUAGUAGUCAAGCUACUGGAGAUGGUUCAGCUAAAAUUCUACAAUACGAUUUCCAGCCAAAAGGAGGCGCCCAAUAUCAAUUCAAUUACGAAACUAGCAACGGCAUAAAAAGAGAAGAAUCUGGAGACGAAAUACCAUCGAUACACGAUGCCAACAACAAUGCCGCACAAGUUAGAGGCUCAUUUUCAUAUCCUGGACCUGACGGCAAAAUGUACAGUGUAACUUUUCUGGCUGACGAGGCUGGAUUCCAUCCAGAAGGAGAUCAUUUACUGAUUCCUCCAUUCACUCCCUGGAUACCCGGUCAACCCAUCGAUGACGGCAAAUACAACCCAGACAAUUCCGGACAAUAUAAACCGGAUAAUUCUGGAAAGUACCGUCCUGAAAAUGGCGACGGACAAGAUAGUCCCAUCGUUUUGGAUGCAAGAACUCCAGUUAAUCCUACUUUUCCAAAUAAUAAUUUUGGAAAUGAUGGUUCUCCUAAAAGCAAUGUAGCACCUCAAAAGCCUGGAUUCCAGCCUGUCAAUGCUGUUUCUCCACCUGUAAUUCCAGCGACAAAUGGAAAUGAAACUGAGUCACCUUUGAUGGACUCUGGAAAGGAUCAACCAAAGUAUACUUCAGGUGAACGUAUCCUGAACACAUUCCGUAGUACUCCUACAACUACUCCAAAAUAUCUGCCAACUGUUGAACCUCAAAAAACCCAAUACAUUUCCGGAGAAAAUAUCCUUGACACGUAUUUGUCGCCUAAAAAACUGCCUUCUACAGUUACUGCCAAAUAUUUACCAGCUUCAAGUACCCCACAAGAAGUGUAUAGGGAAUCUUCCAGGCAAACGCCCAAGUAUUUGCCCAGUUUCACUUCUACAACAGAAACUCCUUUGGACAAGGAUAUCAUCCGGAAGGCUUACUUCAACAAACCGACUCCGCAUCCAGAAAUUUCGUUGCAUUCAACUCCGGAAAGUAAUCAAUAGAGAUUUUAUAGAUUUUGUUAUACAAAGCCACCAAAGAGGUAUUAGUUGUUAAUUUGUGAUUGUUAUAUUUUGUACAGAGAUUUUAUUUUUUUUGAAAUAUAAAUACAUUGUUAU